AUGAUACAGAUUUGCUCAAACAACUACAGGUUUAUCUUUAAGAAUAAAGCGGUUGUAUCAAAUAAAAGAGACACCCGAAAAGGAAGAGGAGUGCUGACUGCUGUUAACUGCAAAAUUUCUGCUCAAUGUAUAUGUGUGACUUCUCCAUUUGAGGAAGUUGAUAUUUUAGUAGUUAAGUUGUUCUGCUGCUCUGAUCCUGUAAUCGUCAUAAAUCUCUACAUUCCUCCUGGCAGUCAGAUGCAGCUCUAUGAAAGUGUCUUCGAAUAUUUGGAAGAAUCCCAUAUCACGGGGAUGACUCUGAUUGCUGGUGACUUCAAUAUUCCGGAAUAUUUCGCAACCACUAGAUAUGCUCAAAAUCCUUCAUCUGUUUGCCAAACUCUCAACCAGUUCAUAAAUUAUAAUGAAUUACGCCAGAAUAAUUUUGUUAAGAACCGUAACAACAGAAUCCUUGACCUCGUAUUGUCCUCUGAAAAAAUAAAAUGUAAUGUGGAUCACAUGGAGGAGCCCUUUGUUGCUGAGGAUCCGCAUCAUCCAUCUUUAGGUGUGGAAUUGACUGUUGAAACCAAGCAGGAAGUAGUUUUUGAAGCACAACGUGAUUCUGUUCGUUACAACUUUAGAAAAGCAGAUUUUCACAGCUUAUAUGAUGCAAUGUUAAAAACAGAUUGGUCCGAUAUUCUAGAGAUUAAUGAUGUAAAUGAAAUCUGUACUUUAUUAUAUACAAAGCUGCAUGUGCUUUGUGAGACCAAUGUUCCUAAAAUCACUCCUGCUCGGCAUAACUUUCCCUGUUGGAUUUUACCAGGUACUGUUAAAAUGAUUGAAAAGAAAGACCGCUUAUGGAAAUCAUAUAAGAAAUGUCACCUCUUAUCGAAAAAGGAUGCUGCUCGAAAAUUGGAGAAAGAGGUCAAGUCACAAAUUAAGACUGAUUUUCAUAAUUUUAUUAAGUCCGCAGAAGACAAUGUUAAAUCGGAUCCUAAAAAAUUCUGGUCCUAUAUUACUUCAAGAAAAGGGAGUACGCGUAUACCAGGAAGAAUGACAUAUAAUGAUCGUCUCCUGUCAACGUCCCGUGACAUCGUGAAUGCUUUUGCUGAGCAUUUUAGUGGUGUAUUUAUUCCAUCAAAUAAUUCUACAAAUGAUGUCGAUCAUGUUGUCACUCAACCUUCCCAUGAUGAUAAAUACUGUGAUAAAGCCUGCGACGAUAACUGUGAUAAAUGCUGUGAUCUUUUUCCGUGUUGUUACGUAAAUGUUUUACAUCGUUUUAAUAUAACCGACUGUGAUAUUCUACAAGCUGCUAAAAAAUUGAAACCGAAUCUAACCAGUGGAGAUGAUGAAAUUCCUGCAUUUCUCGUCCGAGAUUGUAUAGGGUCUCUAUUAACACCGCUUUGUCAUCUUUAUAACGCCAUAAUUUCCACCUCCACGUUCCCAGAAUGUUGGAAGAUUGGUAGAGUUACUCCAGUAUUUAAAUCUGAUGCUAAAGAUAAUGUAAUUAACUAUAGGCCCAUUGCAAUUAUACCAAAUUUUGCUAAGAUUUUUCAAAGCAUUUUAGUUAAGUAUGUAUACAGUCAUGUAAAACAAUUAAUUGCAACUCAGCAGCAUGGUUUUAUAUCAGAUUUAAAGCAGCAAGUUGAUGUUGUGUAUACAGAUUUGUCUAAGGCGUUUGACAAAGUGAAUCAUACUUUACUACUCAACAAACUUGCUGCUAUGGGUCUAUGUGAAGAAGUAGUCCAACUAUUCAAGUCGAUACUUGGAUCAAAUAUGGGACCGUUGUUGUUUACAAUUUUUGUUAUCGAUGUAAUUUCUGUGAUAAAUAAUAAUCAAUGUGAUGUCUAUAUGUAUGCUGACGAUGUCAAAAUUUUAAAAGUCAUAAGUGAUGAGUACGAUUGCUUUGAUCUAGGAAUCCGAGAACUUUCCUAUGUGAUGUGGCUCGCACUAAUCAACAUUAUUAUUCACCAGUUAAUAAUAUGUGCAGAAUAUACAAUAACAUACAACACCUAUGUGAUAUAUUUGUAG